AUGGACUCACUGCCUAGCCUUCUCUCGUUCAUUAAACGACCGUGCCUAGCUGCACGAGUCAAAGACCUUCGCGUCGACCUCGUCACCGAGCUAAACUACGCACCGGCAGAUCGGGCGCUUCUCGACGAGCUAUCGGCCCAAUACUUUCCUCCAGCAGUAGACGGAGACACCACAAAAGAAUACCCAGAAUCAUUUGACUGGGAAUUCAUCCUCGGCAUGGCAUGUGUUGUGCCCUGUCGCAACCUCGAGCGGCUCUUUAUUGAAGUCAGUGACUCCCUGUAUGCGGACGUUAGAAUUGAGUCGCAUAGGCUGCGCCAACUCACAUUCCCUCAUCUACAGCAACUUUCCCUCAGAUUUCCUUUGUUUAAGAGCCAUACACCUAUGACUGAUUGCUUGGCUGCCAUUGUUCGGCAGGCGCCCAAUCUCCAAAAGUGUCACUUUGAUACUGUGUAUACUGACGAUGCUAAUACCGAUGUCUUCCGAAGUGAUAGUGUUAAGGAGCUCAUCUUUGACCUUGCGUCAUUACACGGGAGUUUUCUAUAUCUCGACUCUGGCUUUGAGAAAGCUCACCACGAUCGGAUUAGGAGCCUAGCAGACCUUACGCUCUUGGAAGAAGUUGUGGUCUGCGGAUAUGCGCUGGCACUUCCGUCCGCGGAUAAGUACGCAGCCUUUUUCCCACAGAGUAUUCGAACAAUUGCCUUUGUGGAACCUCGUGCUGAAGACUUUGACCAAUUGAACAAGUUUGCAGCAGUAGCCCAUCAACUGCCCAACCUGGAACAGUCCUUGUUGGAAACAGCAGUGCGUGGAGUACGGCCAGAUUCGAGGAACUAA